GUGAUGGAAUUGAUGGAUUCAAAUUUACAGUCUCCGCCUCCUGAUGGUUCUAAUACCAAAACGGAACUCCGCAAGCCUUCAAAUGAUGCGGCUAACAGGAACUAUUGGCGCCGUUCUCCGGUUGGUGUCUCAUCUUCCUCUGAAGGUACUUGUUCGGUUUUUCGCACAAGUUCGUGGUGAUGGCACUGAGAAGGAUUUUCAUAUUGUUUUUGUUUUUCUCCGAGGCCUUAUUUUUGGUUCUUGAUUGGAUUUCGUUUGUAGAUUCAUGCUUUAGUGCUCUUGGGAGGAGUGUUCUUAUUAAAUUUUGUGGAUGUGG